AUGCUUCCGGCUUUAAACGCCACUGCUCGGCGUUCAGCACCGCCUUGCCCGCCGGCUGUCCACGCCAUUCUACCGCGGCCGGUCUUUCUCAUCCGCUACCACCGCGACUUCGUCGUAUCUCCAACCGAUCUGCCCCUCCUGCACCCGGCCACGCUUCCGAAUCUGAUACUAUGGGUGGCGGCCACGAUCACAAGAGCAGGGGGCCGCAUCGAGCCAUUUUACAAACCUGGACAAUAUGAGAAGGUCAAUCUUUUGGCAAACAUGUACAAUGCCCGCUACUCUGGCGAACCCAACAUCAAACUCGCUGUUUGGGCUGCUCCCGGCCAGGACCGUCCAUCUUUCCAGGAAGCUGUUUCCCACGAGUUCAAGAAAGCUCAUAUUGGUGAUAGUUUCGGUCCCUCUUGGACUACACACUGGUUUCAUGUCACAAUUACUGUUCCUCGGGAGCUCGCCGAUGAGGAGUUUGUCAUCCUCGAAUGGGAUGCCAACAACGAGGGCAUGGUAUGGACCGACGAUGGAAUGCCCCUCCAGGGCCUCACUGGAAACGGCGAUCGUAUUGAGUGGGUCAUUCCCGACGACUUCCGCGACGGCAAGGAGCAUGUCAUUUACAUUGAAAUGGCCUGCAACGGCAUGUUUGGCAACGCCCCCGAUGGUACCGCUGACAACACGCCGCCCGACCCGAACAGAUAUUUUGCCAUCUCCAAAGCCAAUAUCGCCGCCGUGAAUUAUCAAGCGCGCAUGCUCCUUUUUGACAUCUGGCAAAUCGGCGACGCUGCCCGCGAGCUCCCCGAAGACUCGGCCGAACAAAACAAAGCCUUGGCUGUCGCCAUGAAGAUUAUUGAUACUUUCCAGGUCGAUAACCAAGACUCUAUUCUCAAGUGCCGCAAGAUUGCCCAAGAAAUCAUUGGCCCCGACGUCGACUCUCACCGCGUCUACGAGGUGGGCAAGGAUCCUACCGUCUUCGGCAUCGGCCAUUGCCACAUUGACAGCUGCUGGCUGUGGCCCUUUGAUGAGACCAAGCGCAAGGUAGCCCGCUCUUGGUCCAGCCAGUGCGAUCUCAUGGACCGUUACCCAGAAGCACACUUUGCCUGUUCCCAGGCGCAGCAAUACAAGUGGCUCAAGACGCUCUACCCUCGUGCCUUUGAGCGCGUCAAGGCCAAGGUUAAGGAGGGCCAGUUCCAUCCGAUUGGUGGUAGCUGGGUUGAGCAUGACACCAACAUGCCCAGCGGUGAGUCUCUUGUCCGCCAGUUCUUCUACGGCCAGCGCUUCUUCGAGUCCGAGUUUGGCUCCCGCAGUCGCACCUUUUGGCUGCCCGACACAUUCGGGUACUCUAGCCAGCUGCCACAGCUUUGCCGCCUCGCCGGUAUGGACCGCUUCAUGACCCAGAAGCUGAGCUGGAAUAACAUCAACAAUUUCCCUCACACUACAUUCAUGUGGGUCAGCCCGGAUGGUAGCCAAGUCAUUUGCCAUAUGCCUCCCUCCGAGACGUACACCUCAGAAGCCAACUUCUCCGACAUUCGCAAGAGCAUUUCCCAGCACAAGACGAUGCGAACUGACAGCUCCUCACUCCUCGUCUUUGGCAAGGGUGACGGUGGCGGUGGUCCUACCUGGCAGCACCUCGAGAAGCUGCGCCGCUGCGCCGGCAUUAGCAACACAAUCGGCGGUAUUCCCAAGCUCAAGCUUGGUCUUUCAGUCGACGACUUCUUUGAUCGUCUAACAUCCAAGGCUGACGCCUUUCCAACAUGGUACGGUGAGCUGUACUUUGAGCUCCACCGCGGCACCUACACCACCCAGGCCAACAACAAGUACUACAACCGUAAGGCCGAGGUCAUGCUCCGCGACAUUGAGCAGCUCGCCACCAUUGCCUCCAUCAAAAACAAAUCUUACAAGUAUCCUACCGAGGACAUUGAUGACAUGUGGGAGACUGUCCUGCUUUGCCAGUUCCACGACUGCCUUCCGGGCAGCUCUAUUGAGAUGUGCUACGAUGACACCGACAAGCUCUACGCCGAAGUUUUCAAGACUGGCCACACACUCUUGAAGGAAGUUUACCAAAGCUUCAACGCCUCGAAUCUCCGCGCCUCGUCUGUCCACGAGUCUGUCGUUCUCAACACUCUUCCCUGGCAUCGUAAGGAGAUUGUCGAGAUUUCCGAGACUGAAGUUGGCGUUGCCUGCGGAGACGGCCAGCUGCUUCCCGUGCGCUCGUUCAAGACUCAAAGCACCGAGCCCGCUGUAACCUUGCGCCAAGUCACCAAGGAUCAAUACGUCCUUCAGAAUGAGCACUUUCGGAUUGAAGUCGAGAGCGGCUGCAUCACCUCCCUCUACGAUCGUCUCAACGACCGCGAAAUUGUUGAGCAGGGUGCCAAAGCAAACAGGUUCGUCAUAUUUGAUGACAUUCCCAUCUACUGGGACGCCUGGGAUGUUGAGGUUUACCACCUCAAUACCAAGAGAAACCUCCAAUACGGCGAGACUCGGGUCUAUGAGGUCAAGCCUCACCGUGUGACACUUGUGACAGACAUCCAGAUCAGCAAGGAAAGCUCCAUGAAGGCUUACAUUAGCCUCUCGGCUUCGCUCAAGGGCCAGCCCUCAUGGAUCGAGUGCUCAGCCGAGGUUGACUGGCACGAAAGCAACAAAUUCCUCAAAGUCGAGUUUCCCGUCAACAUUGUCAACAACGAGGCUUCGUACGAGACCGCUUACAGUAUCACCAAACGCCCCACUCACUACAACACCAGUUGGGACAUGGCCAAGUUUGAAGUGUGCUGUCACAGGUUUGCCGAUUUGUCCGAACACAACUACGGUGUCUCGGUUCUCAAUGACAGCAAGUACGGCUUUGCCACCGCUGGUAAGGUGAUGCGCCUGUCCCUCCUUCGCUCGCCAAAGUCGCCAGAUGAACAUGCCGACAUGGGCAAGCAUAAUAUCCGGUGGGCCAUCUUCCCUCACAAGGGGGCGCUCUCCUCCGCCACUGUCCGGGCCGGCUAUGCUUUCAACACCCCCCUCAAGGUACUCUCAGCACCUAAGGCCGUGAUUGACAGCCUCGGUAGUGCUCCAAUCAGACUGGUUAACGUCGAUGAGUCUGCUUCGCUGAUUUUGGAUACCAUCAAGCGCGGUCACGACGAUGAGGAUGUGAGCCGUCGCGAGGGCCUCUGUGUCAAUCCUGGAAAGAGCGUCAUCGUAAGAGUGUACGAGUCCCUUGGUGGCCACAGCCGAGGGACAAUUGAGACGACCUUUGACGUCAAGCGUGUGUCCAAGUGCAACAUUCUCGAAGACGAGGGCGAGGACGUGCCUUUUAGCGGCGGCAAAUUUGCCAUCAAAUUGCGGCCGUUUGAGGUGGCCACCUUUAAGCUUCAGCUGAGAAAUUGCCAGAUUGAGAAGGAGUUGCCAGUCUUCUCUGCCAUGAGCAGGGAGUCACAGUAUGUGAUAAGAUUGAGAGAAUCUUUCACGGUUGUAUAG